GGUGGACAUGCCCUCGCGAGGGCGUAAAGGAGACACAGCGGGGAGGACGGGGAGGAGGGGAGACGCAGACAAGAAGAAGGCAGUGAGGAGUGAGUGUGAGGGCUGCUUUUGCUUCACAAAUAAAGUCAAGAAGGCAACUAUGAGCAGCAGCAUGACUCCUCCAGCACACGGACUCCUCUAUCUGGUGCUGUGCUUUUAUUAUGGCUUGGCUCAGUCAUCCUUCCUGGACAGCUUUAUUUCAUUCCCAGCAGCGCUCACUCCCCAGGGGCAGCAGAGGAGCUCCAGCCCAUGCUGUAUACUGAGUCCGCCUCCACCCCCGCUCUUCCCUCCACCCCCUUCACUUUGGCGCCGCUCUACUGAUGACACGGAAUCAAAGUCUGGCUCUGAAGACAAGGGUUCCACCUGUGCCCGUGGACCCCCUGGGCCCGCUGGCCCCCCUGGACCUCAGGGUCCACCAGGAUUGCCAGGUAUUGGAGGAGCCAAGGGAGAAAAGGGAGAAAUCGGAAGACCUGGACAAAAGGGCCGAAUGGGGCCUCCUGGACUUCCUGGGAAGCAGGGACCCGUUGGAAGGCCAGGACCAAGUGGGCCCAAAGGGGAGAAAGGUGACCCAGGCCUAAUGGGCUUGCCUGGAGGCAGAGGACCAAUUGGACCAAGGGGUCUAGCUGGGUAUAAAGGAGAAAAGGGUUCAAGAGGAGAGCAUGGUGAGAAUGGCCUGAAGGGUGACAAAGGGGCAAUGGGUUACCCGGGAAUGCUUGGACAGAAAGGUGAAAUGGGUCCAAAAGGAGAGCCUGGUGUUUCAGGAAACAGAGGACCCACAGGUCGACCAGGGAAGAGAGGCAAACAGGGAUCAAAAGGAGACCCAGGCAGUAUUGGCCCAAGAGGACCUUCAGGUCCACAGGGAACUCCUGGACUUCCUGGUCCUCCUGGUUCUCCUGCCACAGGACUUUACAUGGUUGGAACUAAAGGUGCCCGAGGGCCACCUGGACCACCUGGAAAGUGUAGCUGUAGCUCACUCAGUGGUUCUCUUUUGGAAGAUUACCACUCGAGAGGAAACUCUCUCAAAGUACCAGCGAUAUUUGUGGUGAGCAGCGAGGAGGAGCUGGAGCGCCUUCAGACAGACAACGCUUUUGCAUUCCGCAAAGACCAGAGAUCUCUUUAUUUCAAAGACGGUAACGGCUGGUUUCCUGUUCAGACCUUCCCAUUCCAGAUGACGGCGUUCCAGUCGAUGGAGAACCCACCCGAUGAGGACGGUUACUGCGGCGACGGCAUCGUGCAGCGUUCCAGCGGCGAGGAAUGUGACGACAGGAACAAAGUCGUCACUGACGGCUGCAUCAAGUGUAAACGUGCCUUCUGUGGUGAUGGAUACCGCCAUGAAGGCGCUGAGGAGUGUGAUGGUAAAGACUUUGGCUACCAGACGUGUCAUUCCUAUCUGCCAGGGUCAUACGGUCACCUCAAGUGCACGCCGUACUGUGCUAUCGAUUCCACAAGCUGCAAGUACUUCACUUGAGUGGACAUGGCACCCGGAAUCCUUUGCUAGGGACACAAACUGGGAAUAUUUUUCAUGCCACAAAUAAAAGAAGCAAGAGCAGCAGAUGAACAGCAUAUAGAUAAUUGCUGUGUACAUAAGAAGAAGCCCUCGGAGCAUUGUUGCUACGCGGAGGGGAAACUUUUCAACCCACACAUCGGAAACACAAGGACAGCUGCACCCCGUCUUAAACGGCAGGAUUUAAGCCUGGCCUUCCUCCUCAUGCCUGAACGGACCCCAAUCAGUCUCUGGGUGCAAAGGCAGCCAUGCAUUGAAAUGAAGUUCCCGUGGGAGACGUUUAGACUAUUGGAAGAAAAUACUACCCAAAAAAAAAAAAAAAAAAAAGAGAGCAGAGGUAGUGUAAGAGAACCUGAGCUGGAGCGUGGCCUCAGGUAUGGUGGCAUCUGCAUGAGGCAUGUAUCACUUUACCUCUUAUUGCCACCAUAAGCUUUUCAACUCUUAAUCUGGCGUUACCAAAAGCAGGGAUGAAUCACUAUCUUAUCCAGCCAAACUGGGAUGUCAGGCCUGUGUGGUGCUUCUCUACUUGACACACACAUUUGGACAACACGUCACAUAAGCAAGAACAACUACUCUCAGGAACGCAAACCCCACCCUUCCUAAAAUGCACCCUUCCCUGUGCUUGAAUGAGAUGUAUCCUCCUUUCUGAUAUGUGAAGGCUUGAAACUGUUAUGUCCUUAAAGCUCUCAGUGAAGCUAAGGCGAGGCUGCUAAAUAGGCAAUGAAACUGUUCUAUACUCCUUACUGUAUUUACUCUAUUACCUCGUCAUCCAGUCUGUUCUGUCUUACAGUAGGCAACUUAACGAGAGCGUAGAUCGAAGACAAUUAGUCCACAUAAGCUACAGUUCAGCCAAGGGAGACCUCUCUAUGUGUAACAUAUACAAACAUCAAGACUGUUAUAAAAUCUCGUGUCCGCAUGCUCGUGCUAAUGUGCAUUUUUUUUCCCGUUUUUUUUUUUAUGUAACUCAAUGCCAACAGCAGGUGUCUUAAAAAUGUGCAUAGUGGUGUGAUAUAGGGUAAUAAUAAGUAUUUGGGACUGUGCUCAGUGUUCCUUCCACCCCGUGCUGUAUCCCGUACUGUAUGUGAGAAACAUAACGUGCAUGUGGUCAUGCUGUAAGGCUGCAUAUAAGUAUGAAUAACGUGUCACUCUGUCGUAACUCUGAUAUGAUUUAUACUGAUG